AUGCCCGCCCCGAAAAAGUCAAGAGUGAUCCAGGAGGGUGCAGAGACUGUGUCUGAAGCUUCCGUAUCAUCGGAUGAGUCCGACUACCUCGACAAUGCAGCAGCCCGCAAGCGGCGUCGAACCGACGACGCUACUUCCAGCGACGAUAGCGAGGACGGAGGCGCCCAGGUCGAUAGUGACGACGACGACGAGCAAGACGGGCCCCAACGAAAGAUGAACUCCAUUACCACUUCAUUUACGGCGCCGUCACGUAUCAAGAAGAAGGCCGCUGCAGCUCCACCGGCUGCUAAGCCGGGCGUCGAGGACACUUCUCCCGCCGAGCCCGCCCACACGCAGGUCCUAGCACCCACCGACUCGACCACGACCUUUUCGGCACUGAGUGUGCGGCCGUGGCUGGUGCAGUCACUUGCCAACAUGGCAAUUCGGCGGCCUACCGGGAUCCAGAAGGGGUGCAUCCCGGAGAUUCUCAAGGGGCGGGACUGUAUCGGCGGCAGCCGUACAGGUUCUGGGAAGACAGUCGCGUUCGCGGUACCGAUGCUGCAGCGGUGGGCUGAAGAUCCGUCAGCCAUCUUUGGAGUUGUACUGACGCCCACGCGCGAGCUUGCCCUACAAAUCUACGAGCAAUUCCGGGCUAUCGCGGCGCCACAGAGCCUGCGGGUCACGCUCGUCACGGGCGGGUCGGAUAUGCGCUCGCAGGCCAUCGCGCUCAAGCAGCGGCCGCACCUGGUGGUCGCAACGCCCGGGCGGCUGGCGGACCACGUGCGCACGUCGGGCGAGGACACGGUGUGCGGGCUGCGGCGCGUGCGCUACGUGGUGCUCGACGAGGCGGACCGGCUGCUCAAGGCCGCGGGCGCGGGCAGCAUGCUGCCCGAUGUCGAGGCGUGCCUGUCGGCGCUACCGCCGCCGACCGAGCGCCAAACGCUCCUCUUCACCGCCACCAUGACGCCCGAGGUGCGCGCGCUCGAGAAGAUGACCCCGAAGCCCGGCAAGCUGCCCGCGUUCGUGUGCGAGGUCGACACGCAGGCGCUCGCCAUCCCCGCGACGCUGCGCCAGACACACGUGCAGGUGCCCGUCACGCACAAGGAGCACUAUCUGCAUGUCUUCCUGCUCACUGCGGCUAAUCUCAGUAAGACGGUCAUCCUCUUCUGCAACCGCACGUCGACGGCCGACUUCCUCCAUCACCUUCUACGGCUGCUCGACCACCGAGUAACGUCGCUGCACUCGCGGCUGCCGCAGCGGCAGCGUGUGGACAACUUGGCGCGGUUCCGCGCGUCGGCAGCGCGCGUGCUCGUUGCGACCGACGUGGCGGCGCGCGGCCUCGACAUCCCCGAGGUCGGGCUGGUCGUCAACUACGACGUGCCGAGGGACCCCGACGACUACAUUCAUCGCGUGGGCCGCACGGCGCGCGCGGGACGCGCAGGUGAGGCCGUCACGCUCGUCGGUCAGCGCGACGUUGAGCUCGUGCUGGCCAUUGAGCGCCGCGUCGGCCGCCCGAUGGACGCCUGGGCCGAGGAAGGCGUCAACCUGGAGACGAGGGUCCUGCGCGAGGCGCUCAAGACGGUGACAGAAAAGAAGCGCGAGGCGCUGCUUGAGGUCGAGGAGGACAAGGAGGUUGGCGGAAAGAGGAAGCGGACGAAACAGAAGCUUCGGAUUGCGUAG